GGUCGAAUUUAUCCAUCAUCUUCAUCCGUCCCCGCAAUCUCCCUCCAAAAAAGAAAAAGUCAAUCAAGAAAACUGAAGAACCUGAAAGCUUCACCGAAAAUUCGCCGGCAUGGAUGUUACCGGGAGCUCCUCUUCUUCUCCCGCCAAAAGAUCUCCCGGCGCGAAGCCCUCCGUAUCCGAUGAGAACGAUCACAGUCUUCAUUUUCGGCAACUGGGGUUCUGUAACAUGAAGAAGCCGUCGCCGAAGAAGAAUCUGCCUACUGUUGGAGCUUCAAAGGUUAUUCCUCCAAAGAACAAGGUCUUAGCAGAAAGAAACGGAUCCGACCACCCCAUCGGAAACAUCCCCGUUUCCUAUUCGGAGCCCGUCAAAGCGAGCCCCAGCACCAGCAGUUCCAAGAUAUCCCCGUCCUCGUCGGCCUGUAGGUUCGGCAAGGAAUGUUCGCUUCCUUAUGAACCGUACACGAAUUACCUAUCUCCGCGGCCCCAGUUCCUCCGGUACAAGCCAGAUAGGCAGCGAGAGAUGGGGCUUCGCCUGGAGAAAGAGGCGGGAAAAGGAAAGGAGGGAUCGAGCUCAGGCGAGAGUUGUAACGAGUCAGGAAACGUCAAUAGAGAGGGAGCUGGUUCGGUUAGCUCCUGUGAUGUUCUGAAGCUAGAUGGGGAAGAAGAUCCUGGGGAUAGCGAUGAUGAAGUUGAAGAGGAGGAGGAAGAAGAAGAGCAGAGAAGCUCAAUUUGCCAAGAGCUACUCAAGACCUUGCUUUUGCUUGUAGUGCUGGUAUUUCCAGCCUCAUCAUAUAUGUCUGACAUGAACUUGGCUCCAUCAAUGUCACGCGAAGUUGGGGUCAGUGAAGAUGGGUACUGGAGCAUCAAGAAUUUUACAUAUGAAGAAGCUGCUUUAUAUGGGAGAGCUCUUGGGCUUGGAUGUGGCUCAAACCUCAUGAAUCAGGCACGUGAACCCGAAAAUGAUGUCGGUUUUCUGUUGAAGAAUGCGGACAGUAUUGAUGAGCUUGAAGAGCAAGAGGAAGUGGUUGAAUUCGUGUUAGGAGCUACUAAAAAUACUAAUGACGACGGAAGUGAGCAGGGAUUGGCCGUGAUCGAUGUGGGGGAUGAAAUGGAGCUAAAUUUGGAGGAAAGUUAUCAUAUUGAUCAGGGAAUUGCUAAACCAGAUGAGGUUUGCGAUCAACUAACUAUUGGUUUUGAGUUGCACCAGAGCGAAGAUGCAGAGAACUUGGACUGUGAUAUUCCUAAUGCCUUGGAUAUGGAAGCCAAGCCGCCAUUGGAAUCAGAAAUUCGGACAUUGGUGCAAAGAGAAGUCGAGAAAGAAUGGGGAAAAGUUGAUGAGGAAAGUGGAGUAAAUUUCCCCAUCAAAAAGCCUGAAGCAGAAUUGAACAAUGAAGUGCUUAUGUUUCGCAUUGGAACUGAGUCAAGUUAUAAUGCUAUUAUUGGUUUAUUAACUGUGUCAUUGGCGAUUUCCGCAGCUUUCCUCUUUGGCCUGUUCUUGAAAGGCAAAAAGAAUCCGGCCAAUCCUGUUGUUUCUUCUCCUUUGAAGAAGCAACUGUGUCCUGAACCUGUGGCUGAAGAAAAGCAUGAGCCGCAAUUCCAGAUGAAAGAACAUAACUGCACCGAGCCACUUGUUCCAAAUUCAAUUACAGAUCCAUCUCCAGUUCGUGCACUUGAGGAAGCCAGCACACAGUCUAACCAAAGUCAAGCACCGAAGAUCGAGCUGCUCGGAGAAUUCGUGGUCGGAGAGCUAAGCAGCUCGUACAGGAGAAGAGAAAUGAAAAGCAAGAUGAUUGGCAAAGUUGAAGAGAGCACAAAUUCUGUGUCCACGGAUAAGUCAGGGAUCAAGGUCAAUGUGACACGGCCGGCUUUCUCGGAAUUGUCUUCGAUGAACUCCCCUUCGCAUGAAAGCUUCACUGCUGACAGGAACAUUAAGAAGCCACAGCAGGAGGAUGGAGCAGGAGAAUUGAGGACGGCUGUUGUGACGCCUGGCAGGCGAUCUAGCCGGAUUCAAAACACUCCAGUGAGGCGAUCUAGCCGGAUUCGGAAUCUAGGGAUUCAAUCUCCAUAAAGCACAUUGCUCUCGAAUCAGACUAGAACAGCAACCUCUGUUGCUUCAUUUUGCGAGACCCCAUCCCAAGAGAACUACUCGGGAGAUCAAAAGCUUGACAGCUUCAGCAUUCUUUGUUGUUCUUAGAACUUUCAUUUAGCUUUGUAUGGUUAGGCAAUUUUCAAGACAUUGUGUCCAGUAAUGUGUAUCCGCGCUGCUUGUUCUGCUCUGCAAAUUAACCAAGACUUCAAUGCCUUAGUCAAA